GACCUGCCUGUCACCAUGGCCACGGGAGGAGUCCUGCUUGGCUCUCUGGUGCUUCUGCUGCUGCAGUUGGGCUUCGGCGGGGGCGCUGGGGCUCGAGGGGCCCUGGUGGCAGAGGGAGAGCUCUUGUCUGAGCCAGCAGCAGACAGAGGGACCCGGAGGCUACACCACCCCUUGUCCCCCUCAGGUGCCCGCCUACGCCGAGCCCCAGCCGGCCCGUGUCAACUGUGGAGCCUGCCCCUGCCCGUGGCAGAGCUGGGCCUGGGCUACACCUCAGAGGAGACGGUCAUCUUCCGCUACUGCGCUGGCAGCUGCCCCCGAGGUGCCCGCACCCAGCACGGCCUGACGCUGGCCCGGCUUCGGGGCCAGGGCCGAGCCCAUGGCGGGCCCUGCUGCCGGCCCACCCGCUACUCUGACGUGGACUUCCUUGAUGACCGCCACCGCUGGCAGCGGCUGCCCCAGCUCUCGGCAGCUGCCUGUGGCUGCGGUGGUUAAGGACGCCCAGCCCGGGGC